AUGACUUCAUAUUCUGGAAAAGUUUUAAGAUUAUUAUCAGAAGGUUCAAAAGCAUAUUCAUUGAAAGAUUAUGCAUUAGCAUCUGAGAAAUAUGGAUUAGCUUGUGAGUUAUUUUCAAAUGAUUAUGAAGGUAAAGAAGAUGCAGAUUUAUUAUUAUUAUACGGUAAAGCAUUAUUUCAAAAUGGUGUAUCUAAAUCAGAAGUAUUUGGAGGUCAAGCACCAACAAACACAAAAGAGGAGGAGGAAGAAGAAGAAGAAGAUAAUGAUGAUUCCAAAGAUCAAUUUCAAUUUUAUGAUGGUGCUGAAACAUUAGAAGGUCAAGAAAAUCAAGAAGUUGAACAAGAAGAUGAUGAACCAACACCAAAAAUAGAAGAAGAACAAGAACAAGAACAAGAACAAGAACAAGAAGAUCAAGAAGAUGAUAAAUCAGAUUUUGAACUUGCUUGGGAAGUUUUAGAUAUUGCUAGAUCAUUAUUUGAAAAACAAGUGGAUGAAAAUUCAAAAGAUGGAGAAAAAUUAUCUGUUCCAUAUUUAUCAAAAGAUACAGAAUCAAAUAGUUACGUUGUUAGUUUGAAAAAAUUGUCUGAGGUUUAUGAUUUACUUGGUGAAGUGUCACUUGAAGCUGAGAAUUUCAAACAAGCAUCAGAAGAUUUAAAUAAGUGUUUAGAAAUUAGACUUAACUUAUACUCAUCAGAUGAUUCAUUAAUUAGUGAAUCGCACUAUAAAUUAGCAUUAGCUUUAGAAUUCGUAGAAGAGAAAGAUAAAGCAAAAGAUCAUAUAAAUUCAGCAAUUGAAUCAAUUAAAAAACGAAAUGAAAAUGAAAAAGAUGCUGAUAAAAUUAAAGAUAAUCAAGAAUUGAUAUCUGAAUUAGAAGACAAAAUACAAGACUUAUCUAAAGAAUCAAUUGAUGAUGAAUUGACAAAUGAUCAAUUAAAUGCAAUUAAAGGAAUUUUGGGUGAAGAAGUUUCAGGACAAAAGCAAAAUCCAGCGAAUGUAAUUGUAAAUAAUUUGAAUAAUAUAGUUAAGAAGAAGAAGAAACAAGAUACGAAAGUUAAUGAUUUAACAGGAAUGGUAAGAAAGAGAAAAUUAUCAAGUGAUGGGAAUAAUAAUAAUAAUAAGAAACAACAAAAAUAG